UCUUCGUCUCCAACCCUUUCUUUUUCACUCUGGUUUGAGGUUGCCAUUCUGCUCAAACAAAAACAAAGUAAAAGCCGGAAACCAAAAACAACCCUUUCAUUUUGACACUCACUUUGGACCUGAAAAGUUAACUGUUUCAUGCUUUAAAAUAAUGGGAUUUGGAGCUCUAAGAACUAUCAUUCGACCGCUAUCUCGGACCCUCCUAUCCCGGGCCUCCCCUGCCUCUGUAACUACGUCGAGUCUCUGCUCUUCUUUAUGCCCAAAGCCCGGUUUCAGCUUCUGUUUGAGCGGGUCGUUUUACCGGCAAUCUCCAUGGAUCCUGAUAUCCAAUCAGUUGCAUAGCUUAACCGACACUCGUUUGCCAAAGAGAAGGCCCCAAGACAAACCACGUCGGAAAAGAGCCAGCUUGAAACCCCCAGGGCCGUAUGCAUGGGUAAAGUAUACACCAGGGGAGCCAAUUCUUCCUAAUAACCCGAAUGAAGGGAGUGUCAAAAGAAGGAACGAGAAAAAGAGAAUGAGGCUGCGUCGUGCAUUUAAAUUGGCAGAGGCAAAGAAGAGGAAAGCUCAGUUGCAGGAGGCUAAUAGGAAGAAGAAGAUUAAGCGAGUAGAGCGUAAGAUGGCUGCAGUGGCAAGGGAAAGAGCAUGGGCCGAAAGGCUGGUGGAACUGCAGCGGCUUGAGGAAGAAGAGAAAAAGGCCGUGGUUUGAAAUAUCACUUGGUCGUAGACUUCUUCUUCCAAUGGUAUGCUGCUUUUGAGACAUCAAACCUUGUUUCUAUAAGCUUUAUUUGCAUUUCCUUCCUAAUGUUUGGUUACGCCAUUCAGUGCCCAAGUUAAUGGCCUUUAGACAUCUGAUGUUGGUUUUUCUAGUUCUGCACUUUCUCAUUUGUAGACUGGAAAUUUGUAUUUUAUGAGCAGGAUUAGGAAACAUGAAAGGUGUUGCAAAGUUCCA